UAGAGAAAAACGAAAAAAAAACCUAAUUUCUUCUCGUCUUUUAUUUUCUGGACUUCAUCCGAGAGCGAUGGCAUUUGUCCUCAUAAAGCAGGCUGCGAUGCUCCAGAUCUACCUCUUGACUUUUGUGGCCGCAGUCCAAGUCCACGGCCGGCUGCUGCCAGGCUCAUGCAACUUUGAAUCCAACACCUGCGGAUAUACGUCAGACGCAGACUUUACAAGCUGGGCCCUGCACAGAGACGGACACUUUGUUUCCGUGGACGCCGUGGGCGAUGAAAUGGAGGGCAGCUCGGGUUCAGGCAUCGAACCAAAGAAAGAAGUCACGGGAAUCCUGGUGAGUCCGGUUCUGGAACACGAUGAGUGGAGCUGCGUGAGGCUCGUCUAUCAGAUCGCAGAAUCGGGACACCUGGAGGUCCUGCAGCGAAGCGAACGAAGAAGCUUCGACAAGCCUCUGUGGAGCAGCCAGGCGCCAUCUGACAGCUGGGUCAUCGCGAGUGUGGACCUGCAGAACUCCUCCGAACCUUUCCGGAUCGUGAUCAACGGCAGAGCGGGACCCGGCGCAGGGAGCAGUGUGUCCAUCUUUGAGAUCCACAUCAGCCCAGGAUACUGCCUGGAAUGUGAUUUUGAGGAGGCUCACCUGUGUGGCUACAACAACCAGUGGAACGUUAAUGUAAACUGGUACGUGGGAGGCGGUGGAGUCCAGCUGGUUCACAACAACAUGCCAAAUGAUCACACAUACCACAACAAGACAGGCCACUUCAUGUACGUCGACUCCAGCUACGCCAAGACGUUCAAGGAGGUCGCCAAACUCGUCUCUCCCAUGGUGACGAUGCCGAUGACCGGCUGCCUGAGCUUUCAGUACCAGCGCAGCGAGGAGAGAGGAAACCUGUUCUCCGUUUUCACCCGGAACCGCCUGGGCCAGUACCAGGAGCUGUGGCGGGCGGAGACAGAGAACCGGGUCGACUUGAGCAGGGCUCCAGGAGAGUGGAUACCUGUGCAGGUGGACCUCAAGGCACCAUACUCGGUGCAGGUGGUUUUUGAAGUGGGCUUUAACAGCGCCAGAGGCGGACACAUUGCUCUUGACGACAUUUCCUUUUCUCCAGAGUUCUGCAGCGCAGAGACAGAGCCAUCCUUCGACCCCUCCAUCGCCAGCUGCGAUUUUGAAUCUGGCCUCUGCCUCUACACCCAGGACCGGGCCACCGGAUCGUCAUGGAGGAGAGUGUCGGUGAGGCCCAACACGUUCAGGAAUGGAGACCACACCACAGGAGCAGGGUCCUUCCUGAUGGCUAAUUCCUGGCUGGGCCCACGGUCCGGCUACGUUAGCACCGUGACCAGUCCAACCCUGGCGGGGAACACCAGGUUCUGCCUGAGGUUUUACUUCUCGCUGAGAGGUUUCAACCAGACGGAGCAGGCGUUGGCGGUCUACCUGCUGCAGCAGGGGGGCAAGCGGGAGAAGAUCUGGACUCAGGCGGAAACGUCGAGGGGGAUCUGGAUCCUGGCGGAAGUAACCUUCCAGACGUCACAGGCUGCCAAGAUGGCGUUCGUCAGCACCUGCAGGAGUUUCUGGGACUGCGGCUCCGUGGCGCUGGACGACAUCAGCCUGAACCUCGGAGACUGCGAGCUGACUGGUUUCCUGUCUGCGGUGCCUCCUGGACACUGUGACUUUGAGGCCGGGCUCUGUGGAUACACUCAGGAUAAAGACAGGGAUUCUGCUGACUGGCAGCAGAGGAGGGGAUCCACCCCGACUUCAUACACGGGGCCCAGAGGGGACCACACCACAGGUCUAGGAAACUACCUGUACAUCGAGGCAUCGCCCAUGCUGCCGGGCCAGAACGCGCGGCUGCUGUCCCGACCCGUACGGGGGACCAGGGGGCCUCAGUGCCUCCGCUUCUACUACCACAUGUACGGCUCUGGAACGGGCAAGCUGCGGGUGGUGGCCGACAGCGGCGGGGAGGAAAAGCUGCUGUGGCAGCAGAGCGGCGAGCAGAGCAUCGCCUGGCUGAGAGCCCAAGUGGAGUACUGGAGCCAGCGUCAGCAUCAGAUUGUGUUUGAAGCGACCCGGGGUUCAUCAGUAAGGAGUGACAUUGCAAUAGAUGACAUCAUGUUGGACAGUGGACCGUGCCCAGAGACGGAGGCUGGAGCCGCUGUGGUGAACUCCAACGAGAUUGAGUAGAAAAAGGCGAAUUUCUGCAGUAGGAUGCAUGAAGCGCUCCAUUUUACCCACCUUUUAUUUUUGCACAUUAGACAACCCAAAGCGCCGUUGACUCCUACAUGUCAGGCGGGACGUGUGGAUUUAAAGAAACUCUCGUAGUUCAGUUUUCCGUGGGGCAACAUGUCAGUUAUGUCAGGCUUUCUCUCUGCACUGUAGCAACAGAGGGUGUUAAACUGUGUUCUCUUUCACACUUAUAUGCAUUAGAUUAAUGCUCGUUGCUUAAAUAAACCCCAGAAUGUUGUUCAAGA